CACUCCCCAUAGCUCACUCUCAUGCCCUUCUCUCUCUCUCCCCGCUUCCUUACCUCUCAAGAAAUCUCCGUCCCUUUGUAACGAUCGUAUAUCAAAAUCCCCAGAUUUUUGUUGACCUUUUACUUGGAGGUCAACCUGUGAUCAACGGUGGAUAUGAGCUGCAACGGAUGCCGAGUUCUGCGAAAGGGUUGCAGUGAGACUUGUAUACUGAGGUCGUGCCUACACUGGAUCAGUUCACCCGAAGCACAAGGCAACGCCACCUUGUUUCUAGCCAAAUUUUUCGGCCGUAGCGAUCUCAUGUCUCUCAUCUCCGCUGUACCGGAAUCCCAACGGCCAGCUUUGUUUCAAUCACUGCUGUUUGAGGCCUGUGGACGAACGGUGAAUCCGGUUAACGGAGCGGUAGGACUAUUGUGGAGCGGUAACUGGCACGUGUGCCACGCGGCGGUGGAGACGGUUCUAUCCGGUGGAAUUCUACUGCCUUUAUCGGGAAUUUUCGCCGGAGUCUUGGCGCCAAAUUACGAUGAGUUAACUGACAGUUUCUCUGCGGAGGCAUGCGAGUUAAGCAACAUGUGGACUCAAUCAAAGCCGUACGGUAAUAUCGGGAGGGAGAAUCAAGCGUCCGUUCUCAAUGACUCUCUCACGCCAAAGCUUGUGACAGGGAGAGCUGGGAGAGUGAAGAGAAGCAGAGGUGCGGCGUCAUUUUACACCGAAGAGUCAUCGGAGACGACAACAGUUACGAGCAAUGAUGGAGAUAGGAAGAAACUUCUGAAGCUCUUCGUUUGAAUAGAACAAGGGAAAGAAAGAGAGAGGGUUUUAUAGUUUGUACUGCGAGUAAUCGCCGUAGUAGCUGCGUAACCUUUUUGUUUCUAUAUAAAAAUGAAGCCGGGAUUUAAUACCGGCAAGGUUUUGAAAGCGAGCUACGUGUAUUUCCGGUGAA